UACCACUAUCUUAUCGCAACAAACUCUCGUGUCCGUUACCGAUACGAAAUUUCAUUUUAGAACCAGUUGUGCUUUAUCGCAAACUUGUGUUAAAACUUACCUAUCGAGUCUCGUGAUUGAAAAUGAAUACAUUCGAGUGGCUAAAUCGUUUCGUAUUUCGCGAUUAUUUCUCGAAAACCGAGUACUUUCGGAAUGGAUAUUCGUUCAAAUGUUUCGAACCCGAGAAUUCCAAAUUAUUGGAUGGAUUUUCUACCGAUGGAUUAUGCGGUCGUAUUGUUUACGUAGACGUCAACGGUCAAGAAUAUCGUACCAAGUCGAUGAUCAUCAAAACAAUGCUAGCGACUGAUUUCCGCACAAAGUACGUAGAGUUAGCUUUCUCCAACGAAUCCUUCGUGUACACAGUCGUCGUACCAUUUUUCGCCAAACUGGACCCUUCUAUCGUUAAUUUAUUCCCCAAGUUUUACUACCAGUGCCUAUCGCUGCAAAAUGAAGACGAACGAGGCUCGAUUGUUUUGGAGAAUUUGAUCGAAUCCGGUUACAAAUUACCCAAAUCCAAAGUAUUCUUGGACUCGACUCAUUUGAAAUUAAUUUUAAAGAAACUAGGCGAAUUCCACGCGUAUUCGUACCAAGCCAAGAAAACUCAUCCCGAGAUAUUCGCCAAUAUCGCCGCCAACUUGAUCGAAACUCAUCACACGUGUACUCUGGAAACACCUUCACAUUAUUACGAUACUCUGAACGAGAAGUACUUCCAGACUUUAUCCAUCGACGUCGAUCCUCGAUACCGGAAUAAACUUCUAGAAAUUCGUGAAAUAUUAAAACAUCCGAUCGAAUUCUUCGAGGAUAUUUUCACCUCCUGCGAAGAACCCGAAGCUGUGAUUUGUCACGGUGAUUUCCUCAGGAAUAAUUUACUAUUCAGGUAUAACGCCGAAGGAAUCCCAGUCCAGGUCAAGUUCAUCGAUUUAGCAAAUUCUCGGUACUGUUCGCCGAUUGUCGAUUUGGCCACCAUAUUGUACAUGAACACAGACCAGAAUACCAGAGAUUUGUAUUGGGAUGAGUUGAUCGACGAGUAUUACAAUUCUUUGAAGAAUACCUUCCCCGAAAACGACCUUGUUCCUAGUGAAGAUCAGAUAAUGGAGCAAUUCAAACGUAAAUCUUUGUUGGGAUAUCUGAGUGUUUCGUUUUUCAUACCUUAUAUGCUGGAGUAUGAAAGUAAUCCUAGAACGGAUUGGUUAACGUCGUUGUUUUCGCCCGAGUUCGAAGAGUACAAGGAGCUGAGUUGGUGGGUCGUUCCUGGCGAGAUUUCGGCUCGUGUUAUUUUGAAAAUGGCCAAGGAAGAGAGAGUUGCGAUGGUGACUGAUGUUUUAAAAGAUAUUAUUGAUAGAGGUUUCGUGUAAAUUUUUCAUUCGUUGGUCAUUGUUUUGUAUCUGAUUUAUUGUAUGUAUUUUUUAGAGUUAAUUUACCUACCGGGAUAACCAUUUUACUUGUAUUUUUUAUGGUCAUUGUACUGUUUCAAUAUUUCUGUGUGAAUAAAGUUGGAAAUUAGUA